AUCAAUUUUAACAGUCAUAUGAAAAAUAAAGAAUAAGUCUUAAAAUAAGUCUAUGAAAGUAAAUUUAUAAUUUAAAUAAAGAUGAGAAUAAAGUAUUUGGCAAAAAAAAUAAACCAAGAAAUUAAGAACCUAAUAUGUUUGAUAUAAUGAAAUGGCCAGUGGAAUAAGAUGAACCUUGGGAUUUUAAAAAGAAGAUUUAAGUUGAAAAAGAACCAGAAACAAAAAAAUUAAUAACAAGAAUAAAUCAUGAAAAUCAACAUUGGUUAACUGAAAAUAAAGAUAAUUUUAGAAAAAUUGAAAAAUUAAAAGUGGAAGAUUCUUAAAUUUUAGUAUAAAGUAUAUUUAAAAUUUUAAAAUAAUUUAGAAUUGGAUGAUAAAACAAUAAAAAAUAUAGCAUAAUAAUGUGAUUGUAUUGAUUUUAAAAAACAACCUAAUCCAUAGAUUAAUAUAUAGGAAGAUUAAGAAAAUUAAUAUAAAUUACCUGUAUAAUGGAAUCCUAAAUUAUAAACAGCAUAUAGAGAUAAUUAUAUAGUAAAAGAUAUAAAAGAUACAAAUGAGUUAAUGUAAUAGUUAGAAUAAAAUAAUAAAAAUUUUAAAGGAUAAUAUAAAGUUUAGUAUCCAUAAAGUGGUUUUUACUAUGAGGAUUCUAAGAAAGAUGAAGAUGAAAUAAUUUCAUCUGAUGAAGAAGAUUAAGAAAAUGAUUAAGAUGAUGAUUAAUAGUAAAAAAAGAUGACAACUAAAUUUAUAAAGAAAGCUAAGACUCUUGAUCCAAAUGAUCCAGAAGAUGCAGCUAAAUUAUAAAGAAGGAAAGAUAGAAUAAAGAAAUUUUAAGGAGAAACAAGAUGGAUAGCUGAUACAGCAUUUACAACAUAUUUUGGUAAACCUGCUUGGGGUCCAUAUGGAUUUAAUAAUAUUAAUCCAUCUGUUGGAGGUAUAGUAUAUGGAUAACAUAUGUUAUCUCAUAAUGUAUAACCUCAUAGAAAUAAAAAUGAUCCAUAUUAUAUUUAAACUUAUUAGAAUGCAUUAAGAAAAGGAGCUGCUGUUGCAAAUGUUGAACCUGAACCACCUAGAAAUUGUAGAGAAUAAGACAGAUUAAAUCCUGAAUAAGUAGAAGCAUAAAAAUAAAGAAAUCAAUUAACUCCAUAACCAUUUUCAGAAUUUAAAAAAUAAAUUGAUUCACAAGGUAAAUCUACUAUUCCUGAAUUCAAUAUUAAAAAACCUGAUUUAACUAAUACUCUUAGAUUUGCAUCUGAAGCUGGUAGUAUUUAAGGAGAAUCUCAAAUCUAACAUAAAUCAUAAAAUUAAUCUAAAAAAAAAGGACUAAAAAGACCUUAAUCUGUUAUUGAUAAUCCUACUUAAAAAUAGCAAAAGGAUAAAGAUGAAAAUAAAUCUAAAAUUAGCAAUGAUUAGAAAACUAAAGAAUCUAAAAAGAAUAAAGAUAAAAAAGUUUAAAUUUAAUCAGAAUCUAAAUUAUAAAUUGAUGAUUAAUUAGCCAUACCAGAUAAAGCAAAUAAUAAAUUUAUUGAAGAAUUAAAAUAAAAAAAAGAAAAGGCUAAUAGACUUACAUGCAAAGUCAAUGAAAUUAAUCCAUCUUUAUUGAAAUCAUCUCCUAAAUAAGAUUUAAAACAAUAAAUUACAAGUCAAUUAUAAGAAGUUAAGUCUUUUGAUGAUAAGUAAUAUAUUAUUUAUAUAUUAGAAAUCCACCACCUAAUUAUUUGUAAUCAUUAGAUCCAAUUGAGCUUAAUCCAAAAAAUUAUAAAGGAGUUCCUUCAGAUUGGUUACAUAGAAUACCAUUUGCAGGUAAAAAGUAGGAAAUUAUUAAAAAUGGAUAAUAAACUAGAGACUGUUUUGAUUAUGGAUUUUGA